AUGUCCCGCGGGAAAAAACUGUUGGGUCUUGCUUUAGGUAAAAGUGAAAGUGAUAACAAAAAUGAUGUUUUUGAUUUUAAAAAUGACGAUAAUGAUCCUUGGGAAUCCUAUAACAAAUGGAGGGCAAAUACCGAACAUUUAGAAAAAAUUCAUAAUACCUAUAAAGUGGAAUAUACUCCAGAAAGAUCGUCAAAAAAUAGUUCAACAAUAAUAUCUUCAUCUUCGAUUUCUUGGAAACCUGACGAAGAUAAUAUUGAUAGUGAUAUAAGUAAUAGCAAUUCCACAUCCAAAAGUGAAAUUUUGUCCUUAGAAGAAAUACAGAAUAUUCAAAAUAAUUUACCUCCUUUAAACCAUAGCCAAGCUGAUUUGGAUGAAACACAGGAUAUUCAGAAUAAUUUAUCGACAUUAAAUCAUAGCCAUAGGGAUUUGGAUGAAAUACAGAAUAUUCCAAGUAAUUUAUUGACUUUAAAUUGUGACCAAACCAAUUUGAAUCAACCUGAACAGGGCUCAUCUAGGAUUCAAAUACUUUCAAAUGUAAUUUUAACUCCUACUUCUAGUAAUAACAAUCAGGAACAUUUAGUAUCUAUAAAAAACUGCGAAAUUGCAACAAGUAAGCGCAAUGCUCGAAUAUGGGAUAAAAAAGACAGAUGUCCUUUUUGUUAUAAAGAUGUAACAAACUUUUCGCGCCAUUUAUUUAGAAAUCACAAAAACGAAGAAAGUGUUAUAAACAUUUUAAACUUUUCUAAAGGAAGUAAAGAUAGGAAAAAGUACAUUGAUUUUUUAAGAAAAGAAGGUAACUUUUCAGCUUUUUAUGAAAAUAAAGUUCGACCAGUUCAAAGACCAACCUCAAACCUUAGCAAAAAAGAAGAUUUUUUGCCUUGCAUUUAUUGCAAAGGACUAUAUAAAACAAAAUCAUUGGGGCGUCAUUCAAAAAAAUGUUUUUUUAAUAGCAAUCAAAGUAUGACUCAAAUAAGACAUGCAAGUGAGGCACAAACUAUUUUGGCAUUUACUGAAUCUAGACGUACCUUUUUAAAUAGAUUACGUCUUAAAACUGAAGUAUUUCCCACCAUGCAUGCUGAUAGAAUUUCGUUAAAUGGAAAAAAAGAUCCAAUUAUUUGUCAAUAUGCUGAAGAUUACUUAAGAAAACACAAAAGGCCCCAUAUAAAAAAUUUAGUGGCCAAUAAAAUAAGGGAAUUAGGCAGAUUUCUUAUUCCAAUGAAAGAGAUCUAUAAAAUAGAUAAUAUGCUAGAUGCUCUUAAACCAGAAAAUUAUGAUAAAGUGGUUUCUGCAGUAAGAAUUAUUUCUGGAUAUAAUGAAACAGACAAAUCAUUCCAAGCACCUUCCUUAGCUCUUCAUUUUAAAACAAUUUUAUUAUCAGUUUGUUCUGCAGCUAAAACUUUAUUGUUAAAAAAAGAUCCAAUUUUACCUGUAACUGACUAUGACAACAUUUUGAAAAAAUUAAAAGAUUUUAGAGAAUUGGUUGAUUAUAAUUGGAAAUUUGAAAUGGGAAGUUUGGCCCUCAAAGAUUUAAACGAAAAAUGUUCAACCCGCCCUAAAAAGAUACCUAUAAGCAAUGACAUUAUUUUAUUUAAAGAUUAUUGUUAUGCUUUAGGUACUAAAGCUAUAAUUUCGUUAAGAAAAUAUCCUUACAAUUUAAAGUUAUUUAAGGAUCUAAUUGAAGUAACUUUGGCAUUAACAAUUUUAAUUAACAGAAAAAGAAUUGGUGAUGUUCAGUAUUUAAAACAAAAUACUUAUCAUGAAUCUGAGAAUAAUUUUCAAAAAGAUUGUUUUGACGUUUUAACAGAUGUAGAAAAAGAGAUAUCAAAAAAUUUUAAAAGAGUGGUAACAAUAGGAAAAGGUAGUAAGCCUGUCCCCAUUCUUUUUCCAAGAAAAAUUCAAGAAUAUAUCGAGGUAAUUUUUGAAGUAAGAAAUAAGACAGAUUUCAUCCCAACAGCUAACCCUUAUUUAUUUGCGUUACCUGGCAGUACCACUAAAUGGAUAGAUGGAUCCAGGGUAUUAAGAAAAUUUGCCGCAAAUUGUGGAGCUGAAAACCCGUUAACUUUAACAUCAUCACGACUACGCAAACAAAUCGCUACCGUUCUUCAAAUUUUAAAUUUAAAUGAAAUAGAAAUGGAACAGGUAGCUAGUUUUAUGGGCCAUACAAAGAAAACCCACGAAGAGUUUUAUAGGUUGCCACAGGAGUUAUUUCAAACUUCCAAAAUUGCCAAAUUACUAUUAAUGAUGGAAAGGGGAGUGAACAAAGACGAUCAAGGUAAAUCUUUGGAACAAUUGGAUAUAGAACUAGAAACAGAUGAAUUACUUGAAAUACAGGAGAAAACUAAAGAUGCAUCCACUUCGAAUAUGGUAGAAUCCAAUACAACAUUUGAAAAUGAAGAUUUAGUUAGUACACAAGAAAUUAAAAGACAACAAAUAAAAAAAUUGGCUACAUUUAUUCGAGCAAAUGCUGGUCGAAAAUCAAUACCUGCUCAUUAUUUCAAGCAAGUUGCAGAAAGGGCUAGAGUUUUGGAAGAUUUUUACAGAUAUAAGAUAUUAGAUUUUGAUAUUGAAAAAAGUGAAGUUCAACAGAAAAGACCUGUAGUGUGGUGUAAUUCAGAAGAAAUACUGGAGGAGGUUAUUCAGAGGAGACGUUUAGUUGGUAACUAUGUCAUGAAAAUAAUGGCAGAUGGUGGCCAGGGAUUUUUAAAGUGUGUAUGA